AGACACACUUUCCUGGUAAUGCUUGUAAUCAUAUACAGGUAUUAAAUUUGGAUUUCAUAAAGUCAGGGAGAAUUUCAUUUUUUAUAAAGUGAAGACAAUGAUUGGGUGAUUCUAACUGAAUUUGAUAUAGAAAGUGAAUUAAAUACAGCAGAAAAAAAAAUGAUAAAGGCAAAGGCUUCAAAAUGUCCGACAGACGAACUGUCAUUGACGAAUUGUGUGGUUGUUAAUCCAGCAGAUUUUCCAGAGUCAGUUCAACAUAUGGAAAUAUACACCUCCCCACACACAAAAUUCCUGUUCUCAACAGCUCAGCAUCCAAGCAUGACAAAGGGAUCUCUUGGUUUUAAUCUAAUGCAGAGGAAAUGGGCAGUUAUAUCCCUGCAUCAGGAGAUUUCAGUGAAACCAUUCCAGUUCAGCACAAGAACACAAACAAUUGGUACAAUAGUCCUACAAGUAGAUUUUCUACAGAAGAAAAAUGCAACACCAGAGCCUUUUGACACAGACAAAAUGGCGAUGGAAUUUUCUAUGCAGUUUGCAAAUCAGGCAUUCACAGAGGAACAGGUACUGGCUUUCCAGUUUGCAGAGAAGAGGAUGCUGACAGUUUUUGUUAAAAGUAUAGAAGUUUUGGAUCUGUCAGACAUGAAGAAAGCUACAGGCAAGCAAAAAAGAUCCCACAUUGGACUGCUUACUGGAAACUCAACAAUAGUAUUUGAGAAGUUUGAAAACUCCACUAUUAAUCUGACUGGGCGGUCUAAAGGACAACAAGCCUACCAGUCUAUUAUCAACCCAGACUGGGACUUCAACAAGAUGGGUAUAGGUGGUCUGGACAAUGAAUUCUCAGCUAUAUUUAGAAGAGCUUUUGCUUCAAGAGUAUUUCCUCCUGAUGUUGUUGAACAACUAGGUAUGAAGCAUGUGAAAGGUAUUCUGUUGUUUGGACCACCUGGAACUGGUAAAACCUUGAUGGCAAGACAAAUAGGCAAGAUGUUGAAUGCAAGAGAACCUAAGAUAGUAAAUGGUCCACAGAUUCUGGACAAGUACGUAGGAGAGUCGGAGGCAAACAUCAGAAAACUGUUUGCUGAUGCCGAGGAGGAGGAGAAAAGGUGUGGGUCUCUCAGUGGUUUACACAUUGUCAUCUUUGAUGAGAUUGAUGCUAUAUGUAAGGCCAGAGGAUCUGUGACAGGCAAUACAGGUGUUCAUGACACUGUAGUGAAUCAGUUACUGGCUAAAAUAGAUGGUGUGGAACAACUCAACAAUAUUCUUGUCAUUGGUAUGACAAACAGGAAGGAUAUGAUAGAUGAAGCUUUACUCAGACCUGGUAGAUUGGAGGUACAGAUGGAAAUAGGUUUGCCUGAUGAAGCAGGCCGUUUACAGAUCUUGAAAAUCCAUACCAAUUUAAUGAAAGAGAAUGACAAGCUUGCAGAUGAUGUUGAUUUGAAAGAGUUAUCUAUGUUGACAAAGAAUUUCAGCGGGGCUGAGAUAGAAGGUCUUGUAAGAUGUUCUCAGGCAACCGCCAUGAACAGGCUGAUCAAGGCAGCCAGUAAGGUAGAAGUUGACCCUGAAGCUGGCACAAAACUGAAAAUCACAAGGCAGGACUUUUUACAUUCCUUAGAAAAUGAUGUCAAACCUGCAUUUGGCAGCAGUAAAGAAGAGUUUGAGAAGUUUAUUGCCAAUGGUAUAAUGAACUGGGGUAGUCCCGUACAGCGUGUGCUAGAAGACGGUGAUUUAUUGAUCUCUCAGACCAAACUUAGUGACAGAACACCCAUGGUUACUGUUUGCUUAGAAGGUCCAGCUGGUUCUGGUAAAACUGCCCUUGCAGCACAAAUUGCCAAGAAUUCUGACUUCCCUUUUGUGAAAGUAUGCUCUCCGGAAAAUAUGAUAGGAUUCCACGAGGCGGCUAAAUGCCAGCAAAUUAAGAAGAUGUUUGAUGAUGCCUACAAGUCACCUCUGAGCUGUGUAAUUGUUGAUGAUAUAGAGAGAUUGUUAGAUUAUGUACCAAUUGGACCAAGAUUUUCCAACUUAGUACUUCAAGCUCUACUGGUGUUGUUGAAAAAAGUUCCACCACAUGGCCAUAAGUUAUUCGUUAUUGCAACAACUUGUAGAAAGGAUGUAUUACAAGAGAUGGAAUUGUUAAAUGUAUUUAACAAUGUUGUCCAUGUUUCUAAUAUAUCAAAUGGGGAACAACUCAUGGCAGUCAUAGAAAAUCUAGAUGUUUUCACAUCUGAAGAAACUGCUAUGUUAGCUAAGAAAACUGCAGGAAAAAGUUUAUGGAUUGGAAUCAAGAAGUUGUUAGUCCUGAUUGAGAUGGUACGGCAGAUAGAAGGCCGUGAGAAAAUUCACAAACUUGUAUGUUUACUUGAAGAAGAGGCUUCCUUAGAAAUGUGAUAGAACUGGAAGGUUUAUAUCGCGUUUGUGAUUCUGGAGUGUCAUGUUUAUGCAGAACCAAGAGUGUGUUUUAAUUAUGUGUUACUAAUGCAGAACCUCUUUUCAUACUGGCUGUUAACCUGUGAAAUGAGGCAGGUUCUAAAAAGGAGGUGAAUUAAUAUUAAAAUUCUUCAUUGGUACAUGUUUGAAUUGAACUGAUAAAUAUAGAAUAUUUCUAUUUAAUGACCAUUUUGAAAAUUAUGAUGAUUUUAGAUACCAAGGAGAGGCCCUGGUAAAGAUUUAGGGAUGAAAGAAUACAAUUUGAUUCUAUUUAUAGAUUUAUGAUUUGCUUAGGUAAUGUUUAUUUGGUUGUUGGUGCAUGAUAAUUUGGUUCUGGUAGAUGGUCAGUUUGGUACCAUAUCUGAAUGAGAAAUGCUUAAAAGUUGACAGUAUUGAAUUACACCUGUAAUUGACUGAGUAAGGAGUACUUCAUCUAAGAUUUAUUUGAUUAUAGAUGAAAAAGUAAUGAAAGCUGUCUGAAAUUAAAGUGACUGUAUCACAAUUAUUAUACAAGUUAAAGUUGCUUUUCCAGAACCUAUGCAUGUAUAUACUGCCAUUGAUUUAUAUAUGAAUUUAAAUUUCUCAAAAGCACCAACCGUCCUUCAGGUUUGACCACAGAGUGAGGCUGUGUUUUUGACAGAAGUUUUUCGACUUAAUUUCAAUGAUUUAUGCAGGCAAAUUGUUGGAAAACUAGAAACUACUGGUAAAUUCUAGAACUGCUGGAUGCUGAACUGAUUGCUAUAUAUAUACCUGAAAUACUGUUGUAAAUUUGUGUUGAAAUUGAUCACAUGAAAGAAACAAAAAUGGCAAAAUUACAGUUAAGAUGUGAUAUGUUCAAAAUAUUGAUGCUGUCAAAGGUAAAUCUGAUAUUGAUGUGAAGUUUUAUAUCUGGUGUGCUAAGAAAAUUCCAAUAUUUAAGAAUAUAUGAAUGGAAGAAUGAUAUACAUGUAUAUGAAGAAUUAUGUAUAUGUCAGAUUAUUGGAAUAUAAUUUAUCUGAUUCUGAUUGUGCAAUAAAGUGUAUGUAGACUUGACUAAA